UACCUCAUACUACCUUCCAGAGAUACAGUAUAUAAGCUAAAGAAGGCUGGAGCCCAAGAGCUAGAGCUAACUUGUCUUCUUAAGGUUAACAUCAGGAAGGAUACAACAAGACACAGCUGGCAAAAUGAUUCUGAACGUGGAAGAACUGGUGACUGGAAAGAAAAGUGAUAAAAAAGAAACUGGAAAUUUUGUAUCGGAAGAAUUCAAAAAUGGGGUAUAUGAAACCGCCGUAACAUUAGAGAAACAAGAUGACCUAAAGACAACUUCGAAAUCGCUGAUCGCCUUGGAAGAGGAGAGACAAGCUAAAGAAAAACUGCUAAAGGCUGAGCUCCUUAAGAAGAAACUAGAUGAAAGACCAAAGCUUGAGAAUUUGGAGGAUCUCCAAAUGAUUAUCACACUUAAAAAAAGAAAAAAAUGCAAGAAAGUUAAAGUGCCCGUGGUGAAAGAGCCAGAGCCAGAACCCGAAGAAAUUAUUGAACAUGUGGAUGAAGCUACAUUUUUUAAAGCUGCAUUGGAGAAUAAGAUGCCUAUCAUUGAAAAAUAUCUUUCUGAUGGCGGUGACCCAAAUGCUUGUGAUGAGUAUAAACGCACAGCUCUACACAGAGCCUGCUCGGAAGGACAUCUUGCAAUUGUAGAGAAGUUGAUUGAAGCCGGAUCAGAUAUUGAGUUUAAAGACAUGCUUGAAUCCACAGCAGUUCACUGGACUUGUCGUGGUGGAAGUGUUGAAACACUAAAAUUCCUGCUUAAGAAAGGAGCAAACAUCAAUGCCAGAGACAAGUUACUCAGCACACCCCUUCAUGUUGCUGUCAGAACAGGACAGUAUGACUGUGCAGAACACCUCAUUGCAUGUGAAGCUGACUUAAAUGCCAAAGACAGGGAAGGUGACACCCCAAUGCAUGAUGGAGUGAGAUUAAAUCGUUACAAAAUGAUGAGACUCUUGAUUAUGUACGGAGCCAACCUCUCAAUCAAAAACUGCGCAGGGAAGACACCAAUGGAGCUCGUCCUUCAGUGGCAGAAUGGUGUGAAAGAGAUAUUCAAUGGGCUCCAGGACAAGUCAUACAAGGAUACUUGCAUCAACAAAUUCUGAGUGAAUGAAUGCCAAGAUGCUCAGAAAUACCUUAAAGAGACAUUGCUGCACCUUUUCUAAUUUAUUUAAAAUGACUUAAUUUAUUGCACUUAUUUAUUGUUCCUUUUUUAUUUGUUUGUAUUUAACAUUUUUAAGUAUUUUAUUGCUUUAUACUAACUUCAGAACAAGUCUAAAAUACUAAUGUUUGUAACUAUUUCCAGCCUGAGUAAAAAUAUUUCAUUAAGGACUGGUUAAUGUAUUAUACGGUACAUCACAGGCUUAUUUUAAAUACUGAGAUUCAAAGUUAUUAGCAAAUAAUCAAGUUGACAUACGAGUGUUUGCAAUGGAACACUUAAAAGGUACGUGCAAUUGCUUAGUGAAACAUUUAAGCAGUAACAUUGAAGUUGGAAGCAAGUAUUGAUCUUUUCAGUGUUUCAUUGGCAUUUGUCAUUGAUUAAUAAUUUGGGGUCUGUAUUGUACCAAAUAGAACUAAAUUACUAGAAAGAUGAAUGCCAGAGUUCCUGGCUGCAUGUGAGAUAAUGCAAGUCUUCUACUGAGUAAGGCACAACAGCUUCUAGGAAGCUGUUUAUGGUCGGUUUCUGAAUCAGCGAAGAUAUUAAGCAAUUUGAGGGAUUUCUGGAAAAAUGUAUUGGUUGAGAGUAUACAAAUUUGCAUUAAGCAUUACAGUGGAAAAAGGACAGAUCCUUUAAGACAAACAGGCCUACAGACAAAUGACACCUGGAUGGCAUAAUGGUUAAAGGAACACGGUUUCUGGAAUACAUUGUACUAAUGAAGGUGCACGAUAUUGUAGCUCUAAUUGUUUAGAUAUUAAGAGGGAUGCAAAGCAAUGUCUUACACACCUCUGUGAAAUGAAGGACUGAGGAUGAGUUAUUUUUUACUCUUCUGGACUCUCUGAAUAUAGAAUGGUUUUAAAACCACUUGAUGAAUUUUGGAUUGGAAAUCGUACAUAAGAACAAACAUGAAAACAGGUGAGAUUGCCUCCUGUUUUAUAAGAAAUGCAAUAGCAAAUGGAAGAGUUAUGUUAUGUGAUGUCUUUUUAUACAUUUGUAUUGUAUUUUCUGUAAAUUUUGUAUUGAGAACGUGGCUUACGACAAAUAACUUGACAUGUUUGUGAUUUUGUAAACCUUACUUUACGUAAAGGGAAUGCACCAAA